AUAAGCUCUUUCAAUGACGUCAUAGGUACGGCAGGCGACUGCGCCUGGGAUUUCCGCCUUCGUUGAAUGUACCCAUGGAAUAUUUUGGCUAAACUAUGGGCAGGCGAAAAGACAUACACCUUCCUCGUUAGGAAGGGGGAAAAACAUUGUAUUAGUGUGAUGUGAGUGGUGAUCGGAGCACAAAACUAAACUGCAUCCAUGAAAAAGAUGGGAAUCAGCGAGAGUCGCAACUUAGACCAUCGCUUGGAGAGUCGAGGCUUCGAACAACGAAAGGCUUCAAUGCCCAUCCGCUUGCCGAUGCCAGACUCUUCGGAGCUGGAGCGACGGUUCACUAAGGUUUUGGCAUCUAUGGAUUUACCUCCUGACAAGGCUAAAGUGUUAAAAGGCUAUGAUGAUGAAAAGAAAUGGGACCUUAUCUGUGAUCAGGAGAGGGUACAUGCCAAAGACCCUCCAAAUGUAUAUCUUGAUAAACUUCGGACAUACUUAGACCCUAAAGCCACACGCAGCUCAAGACAGAGAAUGUGCAUUGCAAUACACAACAUGGUAACUUUCCCCCAGUGCUCUGACAGUUUUAUGGGUGCAUAUGAGAUUCCUGUUCCAUUUUUUACUAAGCGCAAGAUGCUGGGUGACUCCACUUCAACCCAAGUUUUACGUGACUUGGAAAUAUCACUCCGCACCAACCACAUAGAGUGGGUUCGGGAGUUUCUCAGCGAGCAAAACCAGGGACUGGAUGUACUAGUAGACUACUUGUCCUUUACACAAGUGGUUAUGAGGCGAGAGCAGCUCCUGAACACCGAAAAGACUUCCAGCCUCGACUCUGGGCUGAGCCAAAGUCCUCGUCGUUACCUACGGCGUGCCAACACCAUUGGCUCACCUCGAGCAUCAAAGUACAACAGCAAGCUCAACAUGGGGGAGGCACGGGAUGAUGUUCAUGUUUGCAUCAUGUGUCUGCGAGCUAUAAUGAACCAUCAGUAUGGAUUUAAUCUUGUGAUAGCUCACAAGCAUGCCAUUAACUGUAUAGCUCUGAGUCUCAACCAUAAAAGCUUAAGAACAAAGGCUCUAGUGCUGGAACUUUUGGCUGCAGUGUGUUUAGUCAGUGGAGGUCAUGAUAUCAUUCUCUCAGCUUUUGACAACUUCAAAGAGGUUUGUGAAGAACGACACAGAUUUGAGACACUCAUGGACUACUUCAAGAAUUAUGAUGAAUUCCACAUUGACUUUAUGGUGGCCUGCAUGCAGUUUGUCAACAUUGUAGUGCACUCUGUAGAAAAUAUGAACUUCAGAGUUCAUCUACAACAUGAGUUCACACAAGCUGGCCUGGAUGAAUACCUAGAGAAACUACGACACACUGAGAGUGAUCGGCUUGCAGUUCAAGUGCAUGCAUACUUAGACAACAUGAUAGAUGUGGCUCAGCUUCUUGAAGACUCAGAAACCAAAACAGAUGCUUUGGAGAAGGUGGCCGAGCUUGAAGAUGAGCUGUCCCAUCUCAGUGAGCAUCUGCAGGAAGUUGAGGAUGAGGCCAUGGCAAAAACAGUUGAGUUGGAGAAGCAGCUUUCAGAGUCAAACUGCCAGGUUCAACACCUUAAGGAAUUACUUGAAAAGUAUGAGAGCGAAAUGGACAAUUUACGCAAAACAGUAACUGAGAAGGAUGAGGAAUCACGGAAGCGCCAGAGUUUGCUGGAUGCCAAACUGCAAGAGUUGGAACAUAUAAAAUCUAUUUCUGGGCCAGGUGGACCUAUUCCAGGCAUCCCUCCUGUCUCAUACCCAUCUCCUGCUGCAAUACCCCCACCCCCUCCUCCGCCUCCCCCUCCACCACCCCCUCCCCCAACUGGUGCAGUCCCACCUCCACCUCCUCCUCCAGGUGCAGCUGUUUUGAAUAUGGACGCAAUGACUAUCAAAAAGAAAAUCCAGACCAAGUACCGACUGCCCAUCCUCAACUGGACUCCCCUCAAGCCACAGCAGGUCAAAGGAACAGUUUUUGCAGAACUGGAUGAUGAGAAACUAUAUAAUUUGAUAGACUUCAUUGAGUUUGAAGAAACUUUCCGGCUUGGGCCUGCUGGUGCUUUUCAUCUUUCGGAGAAUGGAACACCAAAGGCUUUGAAGAAGAGCAAAAAGCAAGAAACCAUCAGUCUUUUAGAACCUAACCGUCUGCGUAAUGUGGCAAUCACAAGGAGAAAAAUUGAAAUGAGCAAUGAAGACAUUCAGAAAGCCAUCAAUGGACUAGACCUGAAGCGGUUGCCAUUGGACAUUGUUGACAUCCUUUUGACUGUUCUUCCUAAUGACCAGGAGGUCAAAGCAUACAAGCAGUAUGAACGGGAUCGACGACCUGUGGACCAACUUUGUGAUGAGGACAAGUUCAUGCUACAGAUGGUCAAGGUUGAACGCUUGUCCCACAAGCUGACUAUCAUGAGUUUCAUUGGCAACUUCUUUGAUAAUCUUCAUCACUUGCAACCUCAAAUCAAUGCAAUCAUAGCUGCCUCUAUGUCUCUCAAGAACUCUCAGAAGUUCAAGAAACUGAUGGAAAUAAUCCUGGCUCUUGGAAACUACAUGAACAGCAACAAGCGUGGGGCGGCAUAUGGCUUCAAACUGCAGAGUCUGGACAUGCUUGUGGACACCAAAUCAGGAGACAAGAAGACCACAUUGAUGCACUUCCUGGUGCAGACUGUGCAGGAUAAGUUCCCAGAGAUGAUGAACUUUGACUCUGAACUUAGGUUCCUCGAUAAAGCAGCAUUAGUGUCGAUGGAGAACAUCACGACAGACAUGCACGAGCUGGAAAAAGGGAUGGAGCUAACAAAACGCGAGUACACAUCACGUAAAGAUUCUCGUGAUUGCCCUAUCAUUCUCAAAGAUUUCUUGACAAAUGCUGAAGAGCGCUUCAGGAAACUUGUUGCUGAUGUGAAAACUGCUCAGGAUUCUUACACCAAAGUAGUAGAGUACUACGGAGAGAGUGCAAGGAACAUUUCUCCUGCAAAUUUCUUUUCACAAGUAGUUCGUUUUGUGAAUGGUUUCAAGCAAGCCAUGUUGGACAAUGAACGCAGGCACAAGCUGGAGGCAGGUCUAAUUCAACCUGAGAUGCAGAUGGUGAACAAGAAGAAGGAUAAGAAAAUGACACAGGAGGCUAUGAUUGCAGAAAUGAAGAAUCGGAAUCGAGAGAUCAAAGAGAAGCGGCGGCUACUUAAGCAGGAUGAGGUUUAUCAUGGCGCUUUGGAAGACAUAUUGUUGGACUUGAAAAAUGAGCCCUACAGACGAGCUGAUGCUCUGCGCCGCAGCCAACGCCGGCGUGUGGAAAACUUGGUUCAGCUGCCAGGACGUGGAGAGGUCUUCUAGAAUGCUUAUUUUAAAGCAUCAACUGGUCUCAGUCAUGAUUCGGCUUAAUGCACAGCUUCUCUGUGCAGCAGCCCAAUCUCACUGUAAUUUACUUUGUCUCAGGAUAUGGAUUCAGGAUGCACAAAUGUCAUCCUCCACUUUCCUUAAGCUUCAUUCUAACGUUUACACCAAAAAGACCAAGUUUCUGGAGUUCUUCAUGCCUGAUGGAGGGUAUGCCAUACUCUGACAUUGUGUCACAUGAGAUUCGUAUUCAAGUGUCUUCAUUAUCAGGACAGUUGGAUGCAGUGUAUGUGUAGGUGGAGUGAUCAGCAGUCAUGACUGUUGCCCACAAGCAGCAGGAAUGACCUGCUAAAAGUUUUAAACUUUCAAAAACCUUUGAGCUCUUGAGGUGAUGGCUAAUGUUUCCAGAUCCUCAGGUGAAAGCACUUGAACAGAUCAGUAUAGUCAUGGGAGCCUACAGAGUAUCCUGAUACAAAAUCUUGUCAGGAGCUAAUACUACACUUUUAUCUUGUGACUGAUGUGUACAGGUAUUUCAGUAGGCAAGGUUUCCAUCAGGGAAAUGAAAGUGCUUAGGUCAAGUCUUCCUGCCCAGUCCACUUUUAUCCCUCUUUCUUCCCAUGUACUAUUCCUUUUUCGCUACCACAGAUUGCAUGUCAUAUUCAGUCCACAUGUAAGGUAUGAGAUGCUGGAGUGUUAGCUUUUGUUUGAAAUUUUGUUUACUUGUGGCCCUGUUAGUUCCUGUGGUGAUUGUGCACUUGUGGAAUUAUGUGUGGGAGUCUUAACUAAGAUAAACUAAAUGUUAAAAUACUUUUUCCCCUGAGUGGAAGGAGAUAUUUCCAUUUUACCUCUCAAUACAAACAAGAACAAAAUGGAUGAUGCUCUAUUUCAGAAAGCUCACAUUUCUAGUUAUAAAGAUAGAACUGAAAACAGUCUAGCUAAAACAUAACAAGAGAAUAGUACUUGAAGGAAUUCUAAUUCUUUUAUAAGAAGAUGACUUCCAAAACAAUUUUGUGUUUUUGCGGUUUAUUCGAGAAGUUGGCUUUAUUUUAAAAUUUCUUUUCACUUGUGACUGUGACUCUGUGUCAGUGCAUUUGUGUUAAAUGAUUUUUACUUUUAAGCUGUUUAUCAUUAGAGAGCCCUACAUAAUUCCAAAACUUGUAAGUGUGCAGGUAGAGGCUGAGGCCUUUUUAUGCCAUCCUACCAAAUAUUAGCUACUUCGUAUGAUACUUAAUUGGGGAUUUGGGGGUUGGAAAGAGGACAUUGUUAAUAAAACAAAAUAACUUGUGUAAAUCAAUGUGCUGGUUCCCUCAUAAAGAAAACUGUUUACCAAUUUAUCAGUACAUCCUUAUAUUUUUGUUUGUGUAUUUUAAGAGUGAUAUUGUGUUCUUAGUAUGUCUGUGUCCUUGUUAUAAAUGACAUUAGAUACAUUUUUCAAAAGUUGUGUGCAGUGACAACUAACCCUUAAUAAAAACAUUUACUCCAUAUACCUACAAGGUGCUUGUACUGAUAUGAUAUGAAUAUUGUUUUAAGAUAUUUGAUAACUGGCAUCAUAGAGGAAGCAGAAUUAUAUAUGACUUGCCCUCUAUUCUGCAAUAAGAGAUGAGUCUUGAUCAUCUUGUAGUCUUGCCAAAUGCUGACUUUCCUUGCUGGACAGAAAAUGAACAUGUGCAUUCUUGUAGUAACACUGCAACAGAGCUGUUUAACCUCUCCAUUUGUAUUUGAAGGCAACUGUUAUAACUGGUAAGAUUUUUUUUUUUUUUUUCUCAGAAGACUGUGCUGAUUCCUAGUAUGGUAGAAUUUUGAAUGAUGGCACUGGUAAAGAGUGCCAAACCAUAAAUAAAUGCUUAAAAGGUUUUUUAGUCUUUUAAAACUCUCUGUUAUCAGGUUUAUGGGGUACUUGAAGAUUCUGUCCAGAAAAAUCUUAAGUAUUGUACAGUAAAUUUUUCUUUUGCACUUUAACAGAUCCUGGACAUUGUCUUCAACUUAGUUUAUCACCAGCAGCAGCUCAUUAUCUCAUCCUUUAGCAAAUGGAGAUGGGUAGGGAAGAAGACUUGGGUCUUAUGUAUUUUUGUAUUAGCAUUCUUACAAGUUGAUUGGAAGUGAUCGAUCUUCAACCACAUAAAUUGUGAUUGCAGUAAGAAGGGCAUAUAUGAUCACAAAAUGGGCUUAAAAUUUGAAGACAGAUUUUGCACAAAUGUUUAAAGUGCAGUUGAAACUGAUUUUGUAUGAAGCACUGAUAUAAAGGCAGACAGAUGCUUGUCUACUGGACUAGUCAUUUGUCCUAACAUUGGGCAGGUGGACACUGCUGUUGGUAUUUAAGCAUCCAAGUUUAUGACCUUUUUUGAAACAGAGACAAUGAAAUGCAACAGAAAUUCCAGUGGUUUCGAUGAAAAGAAGACAGUCCUUCAUUAUUUUAAUUCAGCCUUUAGUUUUCAGUGGGAAGCAAAUGAUGUCAUUAGUCCAAUGAAGAGAAAUGUGAGGGUAGCCUUCCCUCAGACAUUAUCCCCAUCCAUAGCACUUCUACAUUUGGUUCCUUUUGAUUUUUAAAAAUUUGGAUAGCUUACUGUUCUAAAAAAAAGACUACAAAUUAAAAACAACAGUCAUAAUCAAGAAAGAACUUGGCUCUCAAAUAUAAUUAGGAUUCUGAGGGCUUAUUUAUUAAUUUUCACUUUUAUUCCAAGUUGUCACUAGGUGGUAAAGUCAAGAAACAACAAUGUAUUUGGGAGCAUAUGUGCACAAACCCACUUUAGGAAGGUUGUCUAGUGUGGUGGUUGGUGCGUGUCUGUGAAGCAGAAGGUCACUGGCUCCAGAGCCUGUUGUGGCUUGGAAACACCUGCCUGCUUAGGAUCUUUUCAGAUGAAAGGAGUACCUCAUUGACACUAAGCUAUGAUUGUUUACCUAACCCACAGAGAGAAAGAGGGUUGGAAAGGGGAGGUUGGCCUACUCAUGCACAUGGUUGUCAGGCAGCUGUACUGUGCUCAGUAGUGAAUGUAUUCUUAAUAUUUGCUUCAGUGACUGAAUAUUUGUGCUUGUAAACUGUAGAAAUGGCUGCCAAGGGAAUGUUUACACCCACAGAAAUAAAAAGCAUGUUUGUUUAUACGUAACAAUGUGAAAUGAUACUGAAAUACAGUUUAAGUCAGGGGAAAAAAUUCUAUCAAGGUUGAAAGAUUACAUUUCAUGUAUAUCAUAUCUCUUCCACUGUUAAUAGUAUGUUUCUUGUUGAUAGCACUGUUGCACCUGAUCUAUAUAAAUGUAGACAUAUAAUUUACAUAAGAAAAACAGGCUAUAUAAAACCUUAGCUUUUACUUAUGCAUGAAUAUGGUUUUAUUGACUUUGUAUUCUUCGUGGAAGUAUUGGUCUUUUGCUUCUUUUUCUCUGUGUACCUUUCUAGUCAAUGGCAUGUUUUUCCACAAGACGUCCAUUGUCUUUAACACAUACAAGCAAAUCAGUUGAAUAUGUGACUGAAAGAGCAUGUGAUGAGAGCAAGAAAGCUGUUGGAGGGACAUUAUCUAUUAAAUGUAUGUAUAGAUUUGUUGGAACCUUAAGUAUUCAUAAACAUACUAUUUUUGAUGGUUUAACUUGUUUAUUAUCUUCCAGGCAGAUAUGUAGAAAGAUCUACAAAUUGUACCUCAGUUAAAUAGUCUUGUUAAUUUUCUGUUCACUUUACCACCUAUCACAGAAUAUUAUAAAUCUUAAUUAGCCUUGUAGUAAAUUUUUGCCUACAUUCAUUGAAUUCACACUUUUAUAUGGGAGGUAGCUUAAAGAUACAGUCCAACAUUUCUUUUUCCUCUUUAUGUUUGAUUAUUUUUAAAAUGUUAACUUUCUUAAUGCUUCAGUCCCCUAGAAUUAAGUAGAAACAAGGAGUGGAAUGCUAAAUAAAUAAAGUUGAUGUCUAGGAAAUAGUGAUUUCAUCAGAAAAGCAGAAACAGCUAUAUGACCCUCACUAAACUCUCAGGCACAGAGCAAGUGAAGCAGCGCUUCCAUUUCUCUAGUAUUUUGUAGGUGCUUGUUUUGUCCAGGAUUAAGGCAUCCUAACUGGGUAAUUCUAAGAGGAUCUGCUGCCUGAGAAAAUGCAUUGAAAUUGAUAGUUGACUGUUGUGAGAUGCAGAAAGACCAAAUUUUCAUAUCUAGCUGAGAACAGAACUGUUCAUUUUUUUCAUUAGUAUUGGUCAGGUUUAACUUUUUCUCAAAGUCUUUAUGACUAUUCUUCAUCUGAGAUGGAGAAAGGAAUUCUUUUGGAGGUUGGGGGGUUGUGUUUCAAGUUGCAUAUAACCACUGACAGGUCAAUAAUCGUACGAUAACUGUAAAGGUCCAUUAUUCACUAGUUUUUUAUUCUUUUUUUGAAAUGAUGCAUCCUUGUACUUAUCAUAACAAGACUGAUUGCUAAUGCAAUCUGAUUACAAACCCCAAUCAUUAGUCUGUCUGGAAUAACUUUUCACUGUUUUUCCUUUUGAGAUUGAUGCAUUUGUUUUUAUUCAAUCUCUCAUGAUUUGUUAUUCACCACUUACACAUGGACAUUAAAUGAAUAUUUUUGCUCAGAAUAAACAUGUUUUCUUGAUGGCAUGAAGAUUUCAGGCAAACAGUGUUGCUUUGGAAAAAAUAUAAAGGCUUACAUUUCUCAAGAUUCUUUUAGAUACUGGUCAGUGCUGCUGAAAAUUAAAUUACUAUUUGCAAAUUGUAAAGGCAUCAAGUUAAGCAUAUUUGAGAAUGGAUUAAUUCUUUUUGAGCAUGUAUUUUAAAUCUUAUUUGCAAUUUUAUUGUAUACUCUGAUGUUUUAAAUAAUUUUGAGAUGUAGACAUGAGGUUAGUAACUUCAGACCAGAUGGAAACCUGAUGAUAACAAAUAGAUUUAUACAGAAAUUUAUGUGAAAAGUGACUAAAAUUUAAAUACUACAGCCUAUAGAAAUGCAUCUACUUUCCUUAAUUAAAAAUAAUCAGUCCACAACAAUGUUGAACGAUAGUGACAUCACAUUGAAGCAAGUUUUUAAGCCUAUUAAUAUCAUGAAAACAUUUUAUAUUUUACAAUGUUCUCAAGAUCUCAUACCAAAAAGAAUUUCAAAAUUUAAACAAGGAACUCUUCAUAAAAACAGUUGUGGAAUGAAAUCAGAAUUUUUUUUUUUAGGAGUUUGAAUGUCAUGUCUGACUGUGUAUUGAGUGUACAAUGAGGGUAAAUUACAUAGAAAUAAAUGAAGGAAUUUAAACAUAUUGAAAAAAUACUGCAUUUCGAUAAUCUGUGUAAACACUGCUGCCUGUGCCAAAAUUAUAAUUUUGUUUGGCUGCAUUUAAACACUUGUUUGCUUUGUGUGUGUGUGAAUGUUUGCUACAGCAAUAGAAACAACAUAGAAGGGAAUUAUAUAAGUAAACUUGAUAAUAUAUAAUGAAUAUUUCGAAUGCCUAGAUAAUUUUUAAUAUUGUGCUGUAAAGAUUUGGUUGCAUGGAAUUGUCCAUUGUUAUAUAUAUUUUUGGUGUAAAGUAUAAGCAGGUGCGUAUCAUAAACCACUGGUGAUAUCAGUUUUUAUUCUAGAUGUCUAGUCCUCUGCACCAGACAGUCUUUGAUUUUAAACUCUCACCCAAUCAUGCAGUUAUCAGUUUCUAUUAGUGCAUUAAAGGCUUACAUUUUCUUGAAACUCAAAAUGGUUCUAGAACCACUGGCAGUACUGUUUAUGCUGUUUUUGUUCACAUGCUUGUUUUUAAUUGGAGCUAGUGUUCUUUUUGUGUUUCAUAUAUUGAGUUUGUAUUGUUUCACUGAGUUUUUGUUUUUAAUUUUGUAAAUGCUGCUUUGACUGAAACAGUUGCAGCUUUUAAACUCAGCUUGGCAAAUAAGUUGGAUGAAGAAAGCAUGGAAACUGGCUGGCUUAAAAAACAAACAAAUUAAAGACUAUUUAGUGUUCCCUACCUCAAAGCACAUUUAUUCAUUUGCUCACAAACUGCUUCUCAUCUAAGUUCCAUUUCCAUGUAUACAUAGGAUACAGCUUUUUUAAAAAAAGUCACUGAGCUGGAACAGUGAUAUCUUUUUUACUCAAGGAGAUACCUGGGACCAAUUUUUCAGGUCUUGCGCAUCUGUUUUUUUCUCUAUGUAUUUUUUCACACAGCACCAUAAAUCAUCUUGUAAAACAUAACUAUAGUUUUAAAGUGGCCUUAUUCUGGUUUGGGCGGCCCAAAAUGUGAGCAAAUAUUUCAAAAUGGCUAUCUUCUACAAAACAUUUAAAGCUGGUCUUGCUUAUUCAUAAAAGGGUGUAAAAGAAAGUGAAUUUAACAGGGGUUGUAGUUUGUUAAUGGGAUGUCUGCAUUUAAUAUUAUUGAAGCUGCGCAGUAGGGAAUCAAGAAUGAGCCUAGCACUGAGAAAAAUUUCUGUAUCUGGGCAAAGUAAUUCAGAGAACAAGACUUGUUGCCAUGUUUAAGGUUAGAAACAGAAACCGCCAUCCUGAAAUUUCUUGGAUGACUGGGACUCCCAAAAUCCAGUAAUAAAAAAGUGCUUAUUAAGUGCCUUUAGCUAAAGCAAUGAAAGCUUCAUUUGAUGUGUAUCAAACAUUUGAGACUUCCAUCGUCGAGCUCUAAAUAGUCAUUAUCAGUUUGUUGCUGUUAUUUCAGACUUUAAUUUCACUGCCAUGGUAACCAUCUUCUUGCCCUACAUUAUCAAAUGUAAAAAUAUAACUUUUAUUGUUUGAAACCAGCCAUUUCCCAUGCAAGUUCUUUCUUCUCAACCCCUAAUCGGUUUUGUUUUGUUUGUUUGUUUAUAAAUAGCAAGAAUUAAUCUAUAAACCAGAGUAUUUAAUUAACCAUUUUCCUAAAAAGUGAACUAAUUUGUUUGGUGUCAGAAAUAGCAAUAAGUUUCAUAAAAAUGCUGUAAGAGGCCUGAAGACACAUUGCAAACAGUUUUUCAAGUUCAAAGUAGCAUAUAUGCUUUAGGCAUAGCUCAAGGCUUGGGUGAUGUGUGCAAUCAUGAUUGAUAUGAUUGCAAUGUGAUAACAGUUUGUUGAUAGCCAUUUUGAAAUGCGUAAAUUUACAGAUUUAAAACUAAAUGUUGGAUAUUAAAUUUGCCCUUGAUGAAAGAUGGCAGACAAACUUGAAUAGCCACCUUUGUUACUUGUGGCCUCAACUUGGCGUUUUGUUGGGCUGUGCACAUGUAAAUUUUGUGCUAUUCACCCAGCCUUCUAUGACCUUUGUCUGAUGAUGUUUAUAAAACAUAACAAAAGCACUUUUUGCUAUUUAUCGAAUAUUCCGAAACCAGAGAGGUAAACAUGAGAGGCAAGUUUCAUCAAAGUGGUGAUUGACUAAAUAUAUAUAUGUGUGUGUGUAUGUGCACGAAUGCUUAAAAAACAAUAUACAUUGCAUCCGUACAAAGUUUUCUUACCAGAGUAAUUCAUUAUGCAGUAAUCAGUUCUCAACAGUGUAAUGCUCAUUUAUUAGGGUAAUUAUCUGGCAGUUUCUUGACAUUUCACCUUUGCAAGCUCUGUUGAAGAGCUUCAGCUUGGCUCACAUCUAUUUGCUAGAAGCAAAAUUUCUCAAGUUUUAUAUUUUUGAUUUUAAAUUGUGCCUUUAUUCACAAGCUUUGGCAUACAGUUUUUCGCAAAACUAUAAUUAUUGCUGUCUCCAGCAGGAGAAAGUCCCUUUUAUGUUUUAGUGGAUCAUAUGAGCAUAAUGAUAUAAUUUUGGUUAUCAUCAGUAUCACUUCUUUUACAGGAUUUUUAGCACAUGUAUGUUUGCAUGCAUGGGAGUAUAUGUCUGCAACAACUUAUUUGUUAAAGUGUGUGUAUGGUAUGGAUGUAUUUGUAUGAAGGUACAUGCUUGCACAGUGACAUGCACACUCCGUUCUUUUUUUUUUUUUUUUUAAAACAUCUGUACAUAAGUAUUCUGCACAUAUGACCUUACAUAAUUCAUUACCACAUUUCAUGAAUAUUCCCUUCUGUCUUCUUUUGCUGUGUGAACUGCAGUUAGAUGUUAUACCUUUGUUACAUGUAUAACCUAAUUAAAGUGUCAGUUUUCCCUUCUUUUUUGUACCAACGACUUUUUGUAUUGCCAUUGUGCCAUUAAAAAAUGCAGAAAUGAAAUAAAGAUCAGAAGCUUA